AUGUUACCUCGCGACAAGCUGUACGUAGUGGUUAUCCUGCAGUUGUUUCUAGCAUUUCAGCAAGCUUUAAGUCAACAGUGUCCCAGCAACCCUUACCGUACGUUCGAUGGAACCUGCAACAAUCUGGUAAAUACAGCCUGGGGUGCUGCCAACACACCCUUCGUGCGCAUAGUGAACCCCAAGUACGGUGAUGGCAAAUCAAGUCCUACCCUGGCAAGUGACGGCAGUGAGCUACCGAACCCUCGACUGCUUUCUGUGGAGGUCUUCCAGGAGGGCGUACAGAACAGUCCGGAGUUCACCCUGGCCAACAUGCAGUUUGGGCAAAUCGUUGCUCACGAUAUGGCACUAACGCUUGGAGUUCGUGAUCCUUUGCCGUGCUGUGCUAAUGGGCGUUUACAACCAUCGCGUGGACCACGAUGCUUCCCGAUCCUUGUGUCACCCGACGAUCCUGUGUUCUCCGCCCGUAGUAUUGAGUGUAUGGGCCUGAUACGUACGCUAAACACCUGCGACACUAAUCCCACCAACUGCACCAAGGCGGAACAGAUGAAUGGUGUUACCCAUUUUCUGGAUCUGUCUGUCGUGUACGGCAACUCUGUGCAGGAGAGCGGUCAGCUGCGCGAACCCAACACGGGUUUGCUGAAGGUCGAAACGCGCGAUGGGCAGGCAUGGCCACCGAGACAUCCGAAUGCAAGUAGUGCCUGUACCCAGCGUACACCGAACGAUGUUUGCUAUCUUACCGGUGAUGGACGAGCGAAUCAGAGCCCACAUUUGGCGAUUCUUCAAAUCACGUUCGUGCGGGAACAUAACCGUAUCGCUAGCGGUCUACAGGCACUGAAUCCAAGCUGGACGGCAGAGAAACUCUUCCAGGAAGCUCGACGCAUUAACAUUGCCCAGUAUCAGCACAUCGUGUACAACGAAUGGUUGCCAAACUUUCUGGGUCGUGACUUCAUGAUUCAGCGUCAGUUGAUUUACCAGGAGCCGGGCAUUAGGAAUGAUUACGGCGAUACCAUCCAUCCAGCGGUGAUAAACUCUCACACAACGGCUGCGUUUCGAAUUUUCCAUUCCUCCAUACAGGGCAUACUGAAACUUUAUGAGGAAAGCCGACGAUCGUUGUCUAAGAUCGACAUCAACGAUCACACCAACAAUCCGAACAUUCUAGAAGAAACGUCCGAUCGGUACCCUUAUCUGCUGCGUGGACUUACUACCCAACCGAUGGGACAGAAUGAUGCCAGCUUCGAUCCGGCUACGAAACAUUUCCUCUUCCGAUUCAACGAUAUGUUCGGCACGGAUCUGAAAUCGCUCGACAUUCAACGUGGUCGUGAUCAUGGCUUGGGAGGGUACAAUGAUUUUUUGUUUUUGUGCUUUAACCAGCGUGCUACUACGUGGGCAGAUUACAACCAUGUGCUGGUGCCAGGGGCUGUCGAUCUACUCGCAACCUACUACAAGUCUGUGAACGAUCUUGAUCUCGCCGUUGGAUUGGCGUUCGAGAAGAAGGUGGACGGCACCGAGUCCGGCAUGGUGACGCAAUGCAUCUUAGCAGACCAAUUCCGUCGCACCCGGAAGGGAGAUCGGUUUUUCUACGAAAAUGGUAAACAUUUCACCGCAAAGCAGAUAGUGGAAAUUCGCAAAGCAAACAUGGCACGCAUCCUGUGCGAUACCACAGCUAGCGUUGCACAGAUACAGCCGGCUGUGUUCCACCUACCAUCGAACAUUAAUCAGCUGACAUCGUGCCGAACGCUGCCAACUCCGAAUCUUAAAGAGUUUACGUAA